AUGUCAAACUACAAAAAUCAAUCAUCUUACUCUCCAAUUUCUAGAUAGGAAGGAUAUGAAAAGGAUAUCAUCAUUUCUUAAUUGAAAUCAGAAAUAUGGGAACUUAAGUAGCAAGAGCGUGAAUAUUCUGAAAUCAUCGCACAUAACAAGAAUCUUGAAGGUUAGUACUAACUUUUGAAGGAUGAGAAGUUCAGAAUAGAAAAUGAAUUGAAGCAAAAGAAUCAUGAAUAAAUCAAGCAAUUAGCUAACUACAGAUAGCGCGUUGAUUAGCUAGAAUAAGCUUUAACUGAAAGAAAGAUAGAAAUUUAAGAAUUAAGAGCUGAAAAUAUUGCCUAAAGGGAGCAUUGCGAUCACAAGUAGCUUGAAAUUUCUAGACUUAAAACUGAAUAAAUCCACUUAGAGGAUACUAUAACUAGAUUGUAGAAUGAGAAUAUCUCAAUUAAAAAUGAAUUAGAUGAUUUAAGAGAUUACAAAAGAAAAGUCAACAGCGAUAUGGAAUUACUUAUCAACACAAACGAUAAUCUCCAAAGCAAGACCUUAGAUUAAGACAAGAUUAUUAGAUCAUUAGAUUAUGAAAAGAUUUAACAAUAGAGAUAUGUUGAUUCUUUGAAGAGUUAAAUUACUUAGUUAGAAAAUGAAUUGAUUAACAAGAGUGACAACAUUAAAGACGUUUAAAAUCAAGUAAUUGAUUACAAAUAAUAGUUGGUAUCCUUAGAAAGAGCUUUAGAAGAUGUUGAAAAGCUUAGAGAAAAAUAUAAAUAAGAGAGCCUUCAUCACUAGACUUGUCUUAAGGAAGAAAUUAGCAAGAACUUUGAUUUGAAUUAGCAAAUUCUUAACUUAGACAGCAAUCUUAGGAGCAAAGUCAACUUUAUUGAUGAAUUGAAGCGUCAGUUAGACGAAGUAAAGAGAGACGUCACAGAAACCCUUGAAUAAAACGAUUUCAUUUCCAAUGAAUUAGAAAGAUAUAAGAGAAACUUUGAUAUUGCCUCAGCCUAAAAUGCUGAAUUAUUGAGAUAAUUAGAGCAAUUCAAUGAAUAAGAUGAAGAAAUAAGACAUAUUUUAGAUAGAAAGGGAUAAGUUAGAGAAAUUAAAACAAGAGUUGAUAACUACUUGAGAUAAUCUUAAAAUGACUUCAGAAUGGUAUCUCCAAACAACAGGAGUUAUCUUGCUGCCUCUGGUAAACAUAACAGAAGAAAUUCUUAAAACUCAGCUUCCAAGUAUGAAUGA